CUGAAACCAAGAACCAAAAUGGAGUUGGCCACGAGUGUACCUACCUUCCACUACCUCUCUCUCCCAUCCCUACUCCCUCACCCAGCUCUGCUUAGUCCCUCCCCACCCCUGGUCAUCUGGGUGUAAAUGGGGAGGGAGGGGCCACCAGAGGCAGGGAAGGGAGGGACCGUUGGGAUUAUAAAUUCCAAAAAGGCCACUCGACUCCCAGAGCUGGAUCCCUGAAAAUCUACUCUAUCAGCUGCUGCACUUGCUACCAUCCUCUGGACCCUCAUCAUGAAAGGCCUUCUGCUGGUCACCCUGUCGGCUCUGCUCUGCUGGGUCUCAGCUGACAUUCGCUGUCACUCCUGCUACAAAGUCCCUGUGCUGGGCUGUGUGGACCGGCAGUCCUGCCGCCUGGAACCAGGACAACAGUGCCUGACAACAAAUGUGUACCUCGGUAAGAUGUGGGUUUUCUCCAACCUUCGAUGUGGCACACCGGGAGAGCCUUGUCGGGAGGCCUUCAACCAAACCAACCACAAGCUGGGCCUGACCUAUAACACCACCUGCUGCAGCAAGGACAACUGCAAUAGCCCAGCCCCUCGGCCCACCCCAGCGCUGACCCCUGUGCUCCUCGCCUCUGUGGCUGGCCUUGGCCUCUGGCUGCUGCACUGAGACUCACUCCGUCGCUGCCCCUCCUCCCACCUGCCUUAGGCUGCGUUUGGCCCUGUGUCUCCUUGUCCCUCGGCUCCUUACACUGGUCUC